AUGGCAGCUUUGGGAGUUGCUGGAGCAAUGAAAGCUAAAAAAAAGAUGGGUUUUGGCCUGCGAAAACAUCGUACACAACAAAGAAAGAAACGUUUGAACAAGAUGGGAAAGGGUUUGCGAAAAAAAUCACCAAAAUCGCAAAGUUCCAAGCGACGUUUGCGGAUUCUGCCUCUACCGAAAACAGGUGGCUUUCUACCUUUACUUCUACCUAUACUCGGGGCUCUUGGAGCUCUUGGAGGUGGUGCUGCCUCCAUUGCAAAAGCUGUCAAUGAUGCUAAAGCCAAUCAGUCACAACUUGCGGAACAGAAGCGUCAUAACUUGGCUUUAGAAGCCUCUCGCAAGGUUUCUCCCACGGAAAGUGGUUUUUUUAGCACCGUACAAAAAAAAAUGCUAAGGCACCUACCAUCCAUGCGCUUUCCGAUAUUGAACUACUUUACCUUGCAAAACAACUUAACAUUCCUUUUUUUCGAGGAGUGUUCAUGA